AUGUCCUCCAUUAGCACCCGCGUUCUAAACCGACUGGCAAGCUAUCGGUCUAGUCGAGCGGCCCAUAGCCUUCCUUCAUUGCCACUGCUACAGGAUGGACUUCCCAAUUUCACUGCGCUGCGGAAACAUGACCAUAACAUCACCACUGUUAGGUCUACCCAUUCCGAGUCUACUCUUACAUCGUCCCAUAAUGGUCGCGAGGUGGAUUUCAGCUUCACUAUCCGCAGGAUACCCACUACGCCAGAAGAGAAAAUCCGGGCCAAGAAGAAGCUCAGAAAGACUCCUUCAGAGCAGGUGCACUUAGUGACUCCUUCAGAGUACCUGAUAUCCGUAAUGGAAACUUACCGAUACAACGUCGGCAUUACGAAGCCGAAGCAAAAGCGGGUGGACCUUUCACACUGCAACCCCAGCGCCGUAACCUGUUUCUAUAGAGGGCCUCCACGAAAGGUAGAGGACGGGAUCCUUCAAGUUCUUAAGCCACGUCUAGCCUGCACGACCGUAGUAGCGGACUAUCUACGAUAUGUUUAUCCAUUGCUGAAUUUGGAACCCCUCGAGGGCUUACCCAGGCAGACAUAUGAAAAAGCCUUGGAUGACGCUCUUCGCUCAACUUUCGAUGACAAAUCACUCCAAUAUUUAUCGAACCGGGGUUAUUCAGUAGGUGACGUGAUGACUUGGGCAUGGAUCCUUACCUCCUCCAGUCCACUGCAGGCCGCUAUGCGCUACAGGGUUUUUGAAAAGCAAGUUGUUGAUAAGCAUUUGGACGGCUCUAGAGUUCCCUUUUUCGUGUUGCUUUUCACUCUCCGCCGGAAGCACAUAUGUGCGAGAGCUUUCAGGAUCCUAUUCUUCCAAACUUGGGAUACAAUAAAUGAUAGCUCCUCUGCGAAACCUCUUACUGUGGAGUCAGGCCUCAGAAAGCUCCGUGCACCUUCUUCCAAUAGAAAUUUUACCUGGCAUCGAUCCGGAGAUGACAACACUAUUAUGAUUCUUGCUGUGCGUCUGCUGCGUCUUGCUCGAGAAGUAUGGCCCCAAGCCUUGCCCUCUGUAGCCGCUCUGUUUACCAAGACACUUGGAUCUACCUCUGUCGAGAUGAUAGUGGGCGAGGCCUAUGACAAAAAGAUUCGACUGCUGACUCAGUAUUAUAACAAACUCAUUUCUCUUUUGGCAAUUCCAUGUCGACUGAAUCCGUACCACUCAGUUGUAUUUCAACAGCGUGCUCAGUUUCAGCUGUUGAGGGCAAUGUCAAAUUUUAGCCCUCCCUUGCCUGUUACUAGAGAAGGGUAUCGAGCAAUUACUACCGUACAGCUUGCUCAAAAGAAAACAAUGUUGGAGCGCCAAUGGGCGGAUUUUAAAGCCCAAUCAUGGCCGCCGUGGAAAGAGGAAAAGCUUGGAAUUGAUUUCGAGAGGGAUAACGUGGGCAGCGAGAGUAAGGCGCUGAAGUCUAUUUUCCAUAUGAGGGAAGCUGGGUAUGGGAUGACGAAAUGGGAACAAACUGCCACCAUUUAUGCCGGGUGGGACACGGAUAGGUCACCAACAAUCCAGACAAGAACCUUUCUUCCAAAGCCGUGCUAUUUUCGGAUUUUACCUUCCUCAGCACAAAUUCCGGAGAACCCUUCUCCAAGAACUGAUGCGACCAAGUCUGGAGACAAGGAGGUGUCUCUGAACGUCUGGUCUGCUCGGAUCCGCGCUACACGAACGCUAAAGGAGGCGUGGGCAUGUUUCCUGUCCUACCAGGACAACGGACUCCCCCCUCACAGGGAUAUAUACUUCUCAAUGGCCGAAAAAAUCAUCUUUUACGACCUUUCUCAAAAUCCCAAUUCGAAGCUCUCAACUGAGGCUCUACCAGGUGAUGGAAUGGAAGUAUUCCCCGAGCCUUCUUCUCCACAGGACGUCAUCUAUGUCCAUUCUGAACCUCCCUCAUUGGAUGUCUUGCUUCACCAAAUGUUCUCACAUGACCUCAAACCGUCGGGGAAAUUCCUCAUCCUCCUUCUUGUCCAUUCAAAGUCUCUUGAGGCAGGUGUAGAAUACCUACUUCAUAGCUGCCUACCCUACGAGCAAAAAUAUGCACUUGUCUCCGGCCUCCUAUGUGGUCGACUAGAGAACGAAGUUUUCCUUGCUGAUGUUCCGGACGAUAUCUUUGCGGCGUUCAUACGACUUCUUUGUAAAUUCUCGGCGUUGGGCGAGUCGUCCGCAAGGGAUACAACCACACCUAUGCGGCAUCUAUUCCCUAUUUUAUUUUUUCUGAAAGAAGAAAGCAAACUCUCAGCUCCAAACCCUAAUCAGUCCACCGAGACUGAGCAGUUUCAUCACUACAGAGCGCUCACACACGCUGUCCGGCUGAUGAAAUCGAGGAUGACGCGAUAUCUCCCAGCGUGGAAUAACCUCUUGUUGGCCUUGGGUAAAGAGAGAGUUCAUUUCACUAGCCACAAAUUCUCUCUCUCAAUGCAACUUGUCAUAUCUUGGUGGGAGAUUUCCCAUGUUGUUGAAUGGAUGCGUGAUGCAAAUAUUCCCAUUGAGAACCGGAGCCUCGAAAUUCUUUGCUCUACCCUUUCAAGGAUGAUUUUGGCAGCCAGACAAGACAUUGAAGGAGCUGAACGUGGCUUGAGAAUCAUCGAAGACGUCACUCGACAAACAGGCAGGUCUGCAGAUUUGCUGUCUUAUUCAACAAUCCAUGAGAUGGUCCAGCAAGGCAUAGCUUUCCUUAAGCGCCAGUUUAAGUUUAUUGAGGUGACGAAAGUGGAGAAAGUCCUGUCAUCAUUAAGGUCGCUUGAUGAAAAUACUACCGAUGAUCCACGCGUGGCAUUACCGAUCGUAUAUGAAUAUACUGCACCGUCUCUGCUGCACGCUUACGCUCGCGCUCUUGGCCUUGCCCAAGACCUCUGUGGGUUGCUGGCCCUUCUCCGUUGGAUGAGGGAACGUGAAUCUGAGUUGAUUUUAGCCUCUGAUGAACGCAUGGGGGGCAAGAGACUGAUACGUCGAACCGUUGUGGCCAUCAGAUUGUUUCUGGACUGCCAAUUGGAGCGAAAACCUGGUGUAUCCGAACCCGGGUCUGCGAACACAUUUCCUGCUUCAAAACCGCCGACCUUCGGCUACGGGAAACAUUCUAAAGAGGGCCCAAAUAUUGCUGGAGGCGCUCAAGGGACAAUGAUCUUUGAAGAUCCCAUUACCCAGGAAGCAUACAACAUCAUUGAGAGUACGGAGCUCUUGUCGCCUUGGCCGGCGGAUGAAGAAGUUCGGGAAUAUGAGGCUAUUCUACGUAAAUCCCGGAGAUGA